AUGACCAUCUUAAAUCAUGUCAUUGCAACUUGGAGAAAUCCAAAUUGUGAUUUUUGCAAUAAUUCGAAUCGAUUAUUCGUUUCAAAGAUUCAAUUCAAUUGCAAAUUUCUCAUUUUAUUUAUUCUUAUGAAUCCAAUUUUCUUUUCAUUCAGUAAUUAUCUAAUAAUGUUAUUCUUACUUGUGUACUAUAUAAGUAGAACUUUGACUUGCAACACUUAUUUGGGAAGAUCAACCAAAUUACUCAGCACACUUGGAAACAUCAAACCAAACACACAAACAACUAUUCCAUUGAAUACAAACAAUAUAUUAAAUACUAAAAUGGAUAAUCAAGAUAUUUCAACACCAUAUACCAAAUCAUUGACAUUGGAUAAUAUGUGUCCAACUGUAAAGACUGCUCAAUAUGCAGUUCGUGGUGAGUUGGUCAUUCGUGCAGAGAACAUUGCUCAUUUGCUUGAGAAGCAAAAGAAGGAGGGUACCAAGUUGUUGCCAUUCAAUGAGAUCGUCUACUGUAACAUUGGUAAUCCACAACAAUUGAAACAACAACCAAUUUCAUUCUUCCGUCAGGUUCUCGCUUUGUGUGAGUGUCCAGAGUUAUUGAACUCUGCUCACGUCGAUAAGGUAUUCCCAGCCGACGCCAUUGCUCGUGCACGUGAGUUGAUGGCAUCGAUCGGAAACACCGGUGCCUACUCUGGAAGUCAGGGUGUCGCCUCAGUUCUCAAGUCGGUUGCCGCCUUCAUCGAGUCACGUGACGGUCAUGCCGCCGACCCAUCCAAUAUUUUCUUGACAGACGGUGCCUCUGUUGCCGUUCAACGUAUGUUGCGUUUGUUGAUUCGUGACCGUUCCGACGGUAUCAUGAUCCCCAUUCCACAAUACCCAUUAUAUUCCGCCACCAUCGAGUUGUACGGUGGUUCGCAACUUGGAUACUAUCUCAACGAGGAGUCCGGUUGGGGUUUGGAAGCUUCAGAGUUGGAGCGUAGCUACAACGAUGCCGUCUCCAAGGGUAUCACUCCACGUGCUUUGGUCAUCAUCAAUCCAGGUAAUCCAACCGGUCAGACUUUGGAUGCUGCCAACAUGCGUGAGAUUGUCGCAUUCUGUCAUAGAAAGCGUAUUGUUUUGUUGGCCGACGAGGUCUACCAAGAGAAUGUAUACGUAAAGGAAACCAAGCCAUUCGUCUCCUUCAAGAAGGUCGUCAUGGACAUGGGUAAGGAAGUCGAGGGAUUGGAAUUGGUAUCGUUCCACUCGGUCUCCAAGGGAUUCGUUGGAGAGUGUGGAAAGCGUGGAGGUUACAUGGAGCUCCACGGUAUCACUAACGAAGUCAAAGCCGAGAUCUACAAGCUUGCAUCGAUCGGUCUCUGUCCAAACGUCACCGGACAGAUCGUCGUCGACCUGAUGGUACGUCCACCCGUCGCAGGUGAGCAAUCGUACGACACCUACGUCAAGGAGCGUGACACCAUCUUUGACUCGUUGAAGCGUCGUGCCAAUCUCUUGGCCGCUGCACUCAACGGUCUCGAGGGAGUCACUUGCAACCAACCAGAGGGUGCCAUGUACGCAUUCCCACAGAUUCGUUUGCCAGCCCGUGCCAUCGAAGAGGCAAAGGCCAACGGUAAGGCACCAGACGCAUACUAUUGCAUCCAAUUGUUGGAAGCAACCGGUAUCUGUGUUGUUCCAGGUUCUGGAUUCGGUCAAAAGGACGGAACCUAUCAUUUCAGAACCACUUUCUUGCCAUCCGAACAAGCCAUCCAAGGUGUAUGCACCAGAAUCGCUGAUUUCCACAAGAAUUUCAUGGCCAAAUACAAAUAA